AGUAGCAAUACGUUCGGACACGGGACCAGCUGUUUACACCUCGAUAGAAAGUGAAUCAAAGGAAACAUGAGUUCGAGUAGGCCUUUUCACGAUGAUCUCGAUUUUCCCUUUUGUGAUGAUGUUAUUAAGUAUGAAAAACUUGCCAAGAUCGGCCAGGGAACUUUUGGAGAGGUAUUCAAAGCAAGGGACAGAAGAACUGGAAAGGUAGUAGCACUCAAGAAAAUACUUAUGGAAAAUGAAAAAGAAGGGUUUCCCAUCACAGCACUACGAGAAAUUAGAAUCUUAAAACUUCUUAAGCAUGACAAUGUUGUAAAUUUGCAAGAGAUAUGUCGAACUAAAGGUCCCCCUCCUCCUGGUCUUCAAAAGCCAGCUAAACCUACACCACACAUGUCAAGUCUCUCCACAUUCUUCUUGGUGUUUGAGUUUUGUGAACAUGAUCUAGCGGGCUUGUUGUCAAAUGUGAACGUCAAAUUUAACAUGGGGGAGAUCAAGAAGGCACUGGAUUUGUUAGACAAACUUUUAACACUAGACCCAGCCAAAAGAAUAGAUUCCUCAACAGCACUUGACCAUGAUUUCUUCUGGACUGAUCCCAUGCCCUGUGACUUGUCCAAGAUGUUGUCACAACACACACAGAGUAUGUUUGAGUAUUUAGCUCCAGCCAGGCGGCCAGGUGCCUCCAAUAGACCUAUGCUUCAACCUCGCCCACAGGAUAAUGUAUCAUCAUACCAAGAAAGAGUGUAUUAAAUAUAUAAUGAAUAUAACCUUGUAUGUUAACAUAGUUUCUAUUUUUUUGUGGAUCCUGUGAGCUGUACAGCUGAAGUUAGUUGAUUGCAUCAAAACCUCUGUAUGAAAUGACAUUUCUGAUGGGGGGCUGGCUCUGUCAUUCAGAUAUUGCAUCAGACAGAAAUGUGAAGAUAAGUAAUAUACUCCACAUUUUUUUUUUUUUUUUGCUGCUCUACUUUUUUUCUGAAAUUAAUGUCAUUUUUAUUUUUAUUUUUAUUUUUUCUAGAUUUCAAGUGCAUCAUGGUAUGACUUCCAGUGCAUUACCUUAUCUAUGAUUUUUUUCUUUCUUUUGUUUUGGACAUGUAAGGGAAAUGCUUACAGUGGAUGGAAUGUUCUGAAAACUUCAUUUGAAGGCUAAAGAGAACAAAUUCUGGUUCACGACAAUGAUAUUGGGGCACAGUGUACAAGAAAAAGACAUUUUGCAUUGUUGCUUGUGAUUGGAUAAGCAAUUUCUAUUGAGAUUAUUUUUAGAUUUAUUUGCAGUGAAAUUAAUAUUAUGUAAUUGAUUAGUGUAAAGGUACUUACUUAGUU